GGAGCCCCCGCGGCAGCCGGAUCUCCUGCAUGUACGUGCGCUGCGUGCCCGGCGCCAGGUACACGGUCCUGUUCUCGCACGGCAACGCGGUGGACCUGGGCCAGAUGAGCAGCUUCUACAUCGGCCUGGGCACCCGCAUCAACUGCAACAUCUUCUCCUACGACUACUCGGGCUACGGCGUCAGCUCGGGCAGGCCCUCUGAGAAGAACCUGUACGCCGACAUCGAUGCUGCCUGGCAGGCCCUGCGCACCCGGUCCGGCAUCAGCCCCGACAGCGUCAUCCUGUACGGGCAGAGCAUCGGCACGGUGCCCACGGUGGACCUGGCCUCGCGCUACGAGUGCGCCGCCGUGGUGCUGCACUCGCCGCUCACCUCGGGCAUGCGCGUCGCCUUCCCCGACACCAAGAAGACUUACUGCUUCGACGCGUUCCCCAAGUGAGCGGGCGGGGUGAGG